CCACUUGCCACUAAGAGCCAUUAACCAGAAAGAAAGCGAAGAGACAGAGCAAAUGUCUCUAACAGCUCUUCAAAUUCGACCGUUUACCCCCUUCCCAAUUCAAAUAUCUCACCAUACCUACCGUACAAUCAUCAAGCUCUCCUCCAAAACCCUUUCAAAACCUCUCCAAAUAAAAUCCAAAUCUCAAGAAACCCACCACGAUUUCACCCCCCAAACCAGGACUCAAGAGGAUGGCAUCCCCAUUGAAGAUGUCAAAAUCAUAGCCAAAUUCAAGUCUAGACACAACUACAUUCGGGUCCUCGAAAUCUCUCGAAAAGCUGAUCACCCUUUUGCAGGUUCUAGACUCCUCCUCUUAGAUGCUCCUGGAAACAUUCACAGCAUUUCCUUCCUCUUCAAAUCACUAACCAACACUUAUUUCGACGUUUUCGCUGCUUUGCCCCCCAUCAUACCCCCUGGACCCAUUGCCAUUCUCGGAUUCGGAGCGGGUUCCGCAGCUCGUUUACUGCUAGAAUUGUAUCCAGGAGUGGUGGUCCAUGGAUGGGAGCUUGACUCAUCGGUGAUUGAUGUUGGGAGAGAGUUUUUUGGUCUCAAAAAGCUCGAAAAACAAUACCCAGAUAGGCUUUUUAUUUACGUUGGAAAUGCAUUAUCUGCUAAAGUUAAAGAUGGGUUCUCAGGGAUUCUUGUUGAUUUGUUUUGUAAAGGAAGCUUGAUACCUGAACUUCAAGAUCCGAACACUUGGGAGAAAUUAAGGAAGAGUUUGAGGAAAGGCGGGCGAAUCAUGGUGAAUGUUGGGGGUAGUUGUGUGGAGGCUGAGGAUAAAAGAAGGGAUGGCAAGGUGGUUAUGGAAGAUACUUUGAAGGCAAUGCACCAGGUUUUCGGUGAUAGGCUUUUUGUGUUGAAUCUAGGGAAUCGAAAGGACGAUAGCUCGCUCGCUCUCACCGGUAAAUUGCCGGAUGUUGAUGCUUGGAAGAAGGUGCUUCCCAGAUCUUUGAGCUGCUAUGUUGAUAUGUGGAGACCCCUUAGUCUUUAGUGCGCAUGCCGGACAGUGCUUGAAUGCUGUUAUGGUAUUUGUGUUUAUUCCUGUACGAAUCAAUACUUAUAUUUCUCCAUGUGCUUUGCCUUCUGUCCUUGCAUUUGUUCCGUGGAAAAUUGGAGAAGAAAUGACAGUAUCGUUUUGUAGGGGGGAAAAAUCCAAAAAUGCUUAAGAUCA